GCCGCGAGAUUUCUCGCGAAUUCUUCCAUCGUUGCCAUUCAAACGAGGAAUCGCUGCUCAUCAUUACGACGACAAGACACACCGUUUAACUACAAACGUGAUUGUUACUUCAGGAUUUGGACAGUCCGUUGUUGUGUCUCGUUGGGGAUGCGACACUCGUUGUUGAAUCGCCCCAUUGUUGGGUAGGCUUUGCACUACUCUUCUCUUUUUGCUCGUUCCUCUCUUUCAGUCACCAAACUCUCGUGUGAUUUGGUGAUCUCUGAAGCUUUCUGCGAUCUCGACAUGGAUCGAAGAAUCUGUAGUCUGUGUAGAGUUGAUUUCUUGUGGAGACUCUGUGUUUAGGGACGGGGAGGGGAAGGGAAGGGAAGGGAAGGGCAGGGAAGGGAGAGGAGGAGAGAAGAGGAGAGGGAUUUGUCUCAAUUGAGCGGUUGCAUAAUUUGGGUUUUGGUUUUCGAGAGAGAAUUUCGUGUGGUGGAGCUUGAGGAGCGAAUUGAUGGCGUGAUAUUUGGUGGUGUGGGAAGAGAGUGCCGGAGUUCGUUUGCAUGUGUCGAGAAUUGGUUAACUUUUGGGAGUUUCGGUGUUGUGUGACGGUUUGAUUGUUGGGUCAUUCUUCGGGUUUACUUCCUUAGAGAGUCAUCUCCUCGUUUCCCGUCUACGUGCGAGCGUGUUUUCGUUUCCCACAUGGCGACUUUGAAGGUAAGGGUUAGGGCGGCGAGUGGAGGUCCGACGCUGCGAGUCCAAUUGCAACAGCCUUGCACGUUGCAAGCCCUUAAAGAUGCCAUCGCCUUGCAAAUUGAGAAGUCGGCAUCGUCGUUUGAGAUCUCUUUAAACAAAAAAGAUCCUAUCAGUGGGCCGCCUGAUUUACUGCUUUCUGCUUUCGGUGUGAUCAACGGGGAUCUGGUGUUUUACAUUCCUAGCACAGGAAGUUCUGUUUCGUCUGGUGCACCUGCGAGUUUCAAUGUCCUGAGAAACGCUUCACCGCAUUCGACUCCGACGAGCAUAGGCAGCAGCGGAUCCAAUCUUGGAAGCCCUUCCGACAUACAAUCGACAUCAAGUAAUAAGAAUAAAACUCUGGAUCCUUCAAGCUUGCGGAGGGAGCUUUGCGCCGCAGCAGCAUUGCAGAGAACUACACUGUCGCAGCCUGAAGCAAGCUCUUCCGAUUUGCGCGCCUCACCUACUAAUGAUGCCGAGGAGUCUAGAUUGACAUCUGGAGAUUCUGCGACUUGCUCUCGCGGGGAGGAGCUGAAACCGCAUAGUGCGAAGGGAAAGGACAAGAUGGAUUCUACCAUAGCUUCUGCCUCGGGCAAUGAGGUUACGGAAAUGGAGAUUGAGGAAGACGAACAUUGCCUCACGGAGUCUCUAAGCUCUCAAAAAUCCUAUAGCUCUCUUCCAGAUCUUUUGCAGCGAGUGCUCCAACAUGAACAUGGAAAAGUGAAGGAACGUCAAGCUUUUUUGGUUCUUGCGAUCCAUGCCGUGAUGCUGGAGACGGGGUUUGUGCUGCAACAUCCCACGGACGCGGUGGGGUCCUCGGAUAGGUGUGGGCUGCCCGUUGAUUGGAGUGGCAAAGGGGGGCUUGCGAACCUUACUUACACUCUUCCUGAAAUCACGACGGCUGCGUCCGCUAGUGCGCAGACAUCUGCGGUCGGAGAUGCGCUGCUCCGGUGCCAGUUUAUUGGCAACUUCCUUGUAGUUUAUGGUGCUGUUACUGGAGGGCAGGGUUCCGAGGUAUACAGGCUAAGCUUGCCUGUAUCUAGGUACUUACAAAAGGACUUUGUGGUGGAGGAUAAAGACAAUACGAGGGACGCUCUAAAAAAUUUGGCCAAGGAUGGUGAAGAGAUAAAAGAAGGUGCAACACCCAUGGAGUGUCUGACUUCAGAGGGAAUAGUGACACCAAGCAAAGUUGACAUGUUUUGCAAUGUAUUUGAGUUAUGGCAGCAAGUGAAAGACAACCUGUCCCUUCCUCUUCUCACAUGCAUUUGUGAAAAGGCUGGGCUCCAACCGCCAGCGUCUUUGUUGCUGCUACCCACGGAAUUAAAAAUUAAAUUACUCGAGAACCUUCCCGCAGCUGCUCUCGCAACGCUCUGUUGUGUAUGCUCAGAGCUGAAGUUUCUGGCUUCUAGUGAGGAAUUGUGGAAAGCUCGUUUUAAAGCGGAAUUUAAAUCUGAUGCCACUCGGGCCCCUGGUGGCCGUGGUUGGAAAGUUGCCUACGCUCGAGAGCUGGCUAGAAAGAGAAGGCGAGAAGAAGAUCGGAGGGUGUUCGAAAGGCAACUUAGAAGCGAACCUUUUCUUCCACUUCUCAUGAGACCACCCCCAGUAAUUCCCCACUUUCCAGGCGUGUUGGGAGGAGACUAUGACCGGUUUCCAGCCCUUGGGAAUAUUGGUGGGUUUAGGCCUCGGAGCCCUGGUGGAGCAUAUUGGAGCACAAAUUAUUCGGGUGCUAAUGGCAUUGGCGAACCGGAUGAACUUUCUUUACCUGGCCAGGGAGUGGGAAGAGGGAGUCUUGGGAGAGGUCGGUCAGGCAGGUCUACUCACUUUUGGUAAUGGCUUUCACCAUUCCAAUGUUCGCCUAAAGUGGGAUGGAGGAUUUAGUUUGCACCAUGCUUCAGCAUCAAGCAUCUGCUUUUUUUGAUAGGCUCUUAGCAGUUCCUAAUCCUUGACAGAUUGGUCAUCUUGGGCACCAAGAGCUUGUAGAGGUCAAGUUGAGAUUCAACUGAGAUGAUGCUUUUAUUUGUUAAAAGCUUUUUGGCAUCUUACACAGUAGAGAAGAAUUUUUAUGUACUCACCAAGGUUUAGUGUAUUAGACUAUCUACUGUUUUUUUGUAAUUAGUCCACCCAUGUGUUUAUAAGGGUCAAACUUUAAAUGUAUGUUUUGUAUCAAGUGUUUAUUUUUGA